AUGAAUAAGAGGGUGUAUUGUGGAGACUGCGAGAAGAGUUGGUCCAGAAAGGCUGGUUUUGAUGAGCAUUUUAAGCUAACCCAGAUAAAGAGUGGUGAUCGUGGCGGUGCUCUUAUUAAAAACCCAUGUUGUGAACGGAAAAGAAAAGUUUGGAGUUACACGUUAGAAGAGGCCCGAGCCAGCAAGAAACAGAAUUCACAGACUGUGAAUAUAAAAUAGUCACAGGAUUUGACUCGCUUGAGGGCUUUUGGGCUAACUGCAAAAUUUUUUUGGCUACCUGCAAAAAAACUAAAUAUACAGGCAUGCCCAACGGAGAACACAUUCUUUUGUAUAAUCGGAACUUGCCUGCCAGCAAAAUAGGCAUAAACAGGACAUGGGGUUCAAACUGUCCAGUUUACUAAUCAUUGCAAACUAAUCUUAUGCAGGAAGAAUCUGGUAUAACUCUGAAUACAGUCGACAGUGUUGAGGGAUUUGUGACGGAAAUCAACAACGGCCAUUGGGAUACAGUGCUUCAAGCUGUACGUCAACCUCUGAAAUUACCUGACAAAACUCUUAUUGAGCUUUAUGAACAGGUAGGAAAAACUCAGUUUGAAAACUCAACAUCGGUUGAAUAGGUUUUCAAAAAACAAUUCAACCAAUGUUGGUCUGGGAACAAACCUGAAAAAAAUGAAAAGCAGGGAAAAAAUCAGAAGAAAAAAACUGUUCGAAAACUCGGUAAUAUUGAAAAAAAAUGUUAAUAAUUCCACAUACCGUAAACCUCCGACUAUAAGCCCCUACCCCCCGAAUAUAAGCCCACCACAUACUAACGCUCACCUCAUUCCAAAUAUAAGCCCCCCCCCCACCGAAUAUAAGUCCCCUGAAUAUAAGCCCAGUGGCCCACUACGUUAUUCAGCAUUGACAGUGUCUUUUAAUAUAGCAGAGAACAAUAUUUAAAAACAUUGUGAUUGUCUUUAUAGCUUACUACGUUAAUCAAUGCGUGUUAUUAAUACAUGUUUAUUUUCCUGUUUAUGACCGACUUGUUUAUUACUAACACAAAAGAUCGUCCAUGUAUUAGCCCCUCCCCAUAUAUAAGCCCCCCCCCCUUGCAUAAGGCCAUCAAAAAUCGCCCAGGGCUCAUACUGUAGUCGGAGAUUUACAGUAUUUGUGCACAUGCUUGAUUAGUUGAAGAGAAGGCAGAUGUCUGUGAAGACAUGUAGAUACCAAAAAAGUUUUUUCUGUUUUUUUUUCCCUGAACCAAAUGAAAGUAUUUAAUACCUGAAAUUAUUUAACUGAAUGGAAAUUAAUUUCUCUCCCAAAUAAGAGGGCAGAACGAAAUUAGAUAAUAUUUCAUCUAUUAUUGAGUACAUUUUGUUUUUCCAACCGUGAAAGAACGACACUUGACAGCCUAAUGGCUAAUGUUGCAUGCUUCAUUCAGAUUGUGCUUGAAUUAAUUGAGCUUCGUGAACUUGGUGCUGCCAGAUCAUUACUUCGUCAGACAGAUCCAAUGAUUAUAUUAAAGUCGCAACAACCUGAUAGAUACCUACAUUUGGAAAACUUACUGGCAAGAUCUUAUUUUGAUCCAAGGGAGGUGAGUGGCCAUGAAUGUUAUUGUGGAAUUUAUAGCUACGGAUAGGUGAAUGUGACUACCACAGUUUGCUGCAAGGCCAUUGUCAAGGAACUGAAAAUGUAAAGAUUUAGUUCAUUUAAGUUGUGCUGUUUUUCUCGCAGGCAUACCCUGAGGGAAGUAGUAAAGAACGAAGAAGAGCCGCAAUUGCCCAAGGUAUUGCCUUAGAAAGUUACUAGGAAAUUAAUCCGUAGAAACCGAUAAUCUGCAACUUUCAGGCAGACGACCUCGUUCCCAGGCUCUUUGCUCUUGUCAAGCAAAGACCCUGGUCGGGGCUGGUCACGUGACCCCGCAGAUUCUGCGUGGUAAAUCGAAUUGAUCUCAGGGAGGGGUGGUAGAGGAGUCUGUUUGUUACGUUUGGAAAAUUGCAAUUUUAUGUGUUAUAGUUUCGGGUGAUAAAAAUGUAAUUUGCAACAAGAAAUCGUGAAAGGAAUAGUUUUAAUUCGUAUUCAUCAUGACACAACUUCCUGCUAUACUGAAUGUCAUCAAUAAUAAGUGUUGCGGUACAUUUCAAGCGACAAGCUGGAUCAUAUUUCACUUCCAAGGACUCCACACGCGCCUGGCUUGCGAAGUUGAGCACGCAUCGCCGUAGAAACAUAUAAGUCUUCCCAAUUCUAUACCGACUGACGAUCAAACGAUACUAAAUGAACGAUAUGGUUGUUUAUUGUUGAAGUGUCUCCUGUCCGAUAUUCAACAAAGCCAACGGAUUUAUUUUAUAAUGGAAGAUUUCCCAAACAUCGCUAACUGUGUGUGUAAACAAUAGUGCUAUCUUGACUGUGAAACACGAUUAAAACCGUUAUGGACUGUAAAAUUCCUUUCAUUUGCAUUGCUGAAACUCAACGAUCAAGAAUGAUUAUGUCGAAGACUCGAAGUAUAGCUAUCUGUCAUCAGACGAACACCAAGACCACUGCGUUUCCGUGCGUGCGGUACAUAUAACUUGAAUAUUUAGGACGAUAUAUGCACCAGAUUGCACCAGACACUGGUAUUGUACUUCAUAGUAAAUUAUUUCAUAUUUUGUGUAUUACAGUAAUUUACAGCAGGUACAUUAUAAACCUUAUAAAGACCUUUCAUUCCCAUUGCCCAUUCAGUAGUGCUUUAUAUUUGAAGAAUAACCCGACAGCUUCUUUCGACUUGUAUAAUGCUGCUGUGCGUCAGUCAAUAUUUAAAUCAACUUUAAAUAAUCUUUAUCCUAUACUGUAUAAAUGACAUUUUAGCAGUUUCACCAAACCAUACUAGAGGCAAACAACCUAUCUAUCAAUGGAAACUUUAAAUGGCUUAUUAAAACUCAUUAAUUAAGUAAUUCUAUGAGCUGGACUUCGUGCGCAUAUAUACAGUUUAUGAACUAUGUAUAUAUAUCCCUGAUAAAACGUAGGGACACUUUAUACCAGAUAUAAUAAAAAAUACUUUGCUAAACCUUUUCGGCUAUCAUUCCCUUGCAUUCAAGGGGCGAGGGUGAAUGGCUGUAUAAUUCAUAUCGGAGAUUCUGUGCAAUAUGAUUUAGUGAUUUUGGCUUCAACAAACAGGUACUCGUGCAGACAAAAAAGGAAAUGCAUACAGUUGUGAAUUGUCGUAUAAUUCUUUACUGUUGAUCCCAAACAAUUUUGUACAUGUACGUUAACACUCCUUCCUACUUUGUGUUGAAUAUAAACGAUGAUAACCUUUUUAAAAAAAUCUAGAGCACUAUGUCUAUAAACCGUUUUAGAAUCAAUAGAAUGGGCAUUCAAUGUCUAUUUGGCUAGUGUCCAAAUAUGUAACGUUUGCUGUAGGACCAGCAAGGCGUAGCGCCUACGACCUACACAGUCGCUUUUGAGACCUCUAUUUAACAAAAUGUAUACCGUUUCCAUAUGAUAACAAUGCAAUGGCACAUAAGAACAUUAUACGUAUCUGAACCAGAGCCAAAGAACAAUAAAAGGGCAAAUAUUUCCAAGCAUUACGAUCAUACGUUUUCGUUGCUUGAUUUUCUGACUUGUUAGUUGCUAUAAGAAUCUACAGUUUAGCAUGUUUGUAUAAUUUAAAAGCAAACAGAAACCAAUUUAGCAAGUAUUUUGAAGUAUAUAUGAUUCUCAAAGAUGAUUGUAUAGAACGGUCACUCCUUGCAAUUGAAGUGUGAGGUGCGGAAGUGGAAACAUGUAAUUUGAUACUUUUCCAUCCCCCUCUUAGGUUAUCAAUUUUCUAUGGGUCACGUGACCAGCCCCGACCAGGGUCUUUGCUUCACAAGAGCAAAGAGCCUGGGAACGAGGUUGUCAGGCAGAUCGGUUAUCGGCUAAUCACAUUGACAUAUAUUACCAUGUACCGGCCGUCCAAUAAAUAUAAUUCUGGCUUUUACUUGUGAUAUUUACUCUUCUUUGUCAAGAAAAACUAUGUGGGUUUGUCAAACAGAUUCUCUUUCAUAAAGGAACUGUCAGAUCUACUUACGCUGUUAGUCAUUUACCCGGAUACUUUUCCGAAAUAAAUUGAUUACCACUGUAAAUUGAGUCAAUCUCUUCCUCGACUAUCGUAACGACAUUUCUGUUACUGGCCUGUUAACUUUUGUAAUAUUUUGCUAGCAUUUUGCCCCAAUUUUGAGUGUUGAAAAUUCCUGUUAACAAAUAUCGGUAACCACAGAUAAAUCGGUUUCCUUUACUUCCCAGCUUUAUCCGGUGAGGUGUCGGUGGUUCCACCAUCUCGCGUGCUAGCUCUGCUCGGUCAGGCAUUGAAAUGGCAACAGUAUCAAGGACUACUACCUCCUGGUACUUCCAUUCAUGUGUUCCGAGGCAAGGCAGCUGUACGCGACGAGGAAGAGGAAAAAUAUCCAACACAUCUCAAUAAAACUGUCAAGGUAAUUAUGGAUUUGGCAAAUUUAAAAUUGAUUAUGCAUAUGACCAAUGUUAAAUUGGUUACAGAUAUGACCGAUUUUUAUUGGUUAUUUUGGGUCAUUCAACAUUGAGUGACCAAAAGAAAUUAAAUUUACCAUUUGAAAUUGGUUGAAAAUGCAACCAAUUAUGUAUUGGUCGGAAUGACCAAUACUGAAUUGGACAUUUUAACCAAUUUGUUUUUAUUGUGUAUGCUGUAUUUUUGUUUUGUAAGGUUAUGGACAGUGGCAAUAACACACCCUUCCGGAAAGGACCCCUCGCUCAUUUGGGUACAGUACACCCCUGAUCUUGUGAACAUUUAUAGAAUAUUUCUCUAUACAUAAAUGUCAUAGUUUGGUUCGAAAUCCCAUCCAGAAUGUGGUUUGUUCUCGCCCGAUGGACAGUACUUGGUGACUGGUAGUGUCGACGGUUUUAUCGAGGUCUGGAAUUUUACGACGGGAAAAAUAAGAAAAGACUUGAAAUAUCAAGCACAGGUAGGUCCAGGGUAAAUGAACAAAUAAUAGAGAGUUUAAGCUUCGCGUUAUACGUCAAACGGCAAACGCCAGACAAAGAAAAAUUUUACGGUAUCAGGCAAUAAAGAGUAAAUGAACUUGCUGUUUUAAAACUGCAAUGCAUGAUUAUUCUUUCGACACAGGAAAGAAAAUAUGAAACGAAAACGUUCAACGAAAAUUUUGCCAAGAAAGUUCGAACCUGCCGUUUGGCGUUCCCGAAAACGCGAACUUAAUGGCUUCCUGAAUCUUUCUUUUGAUUGGACGAGCUUUAGUUUGAUUAGAUUUUUCUUUUUGUUUUGCAAUGCAAUUGGUUAGUGUUCUCUAAGUGACCCCACUUACUGUAGACGCACUGUAAACCAAUAUUACUGCAAAUUGGAUUUAUGAAAAUGAGUAAACAGAAUGACCAAUUUUGGUAAUUUUUAUUCAGGAUAACUUCAUGAUGAUGGAGGAUGCAGUGUUGUGUCUGACAUUCAGUCGAGAUAGUGAAAUGUUAGCCUCUGGUGGGCAGGAUGGAAAAAUCAAG